CAUCUCUCUUUUCACUGCUUGCUGUGUUGCGCAUUCCCUUGAUAUGAUCUGUGAAUUAUGCUAUACAUCUCUCACUUUUUGCUGCUUGCUGUGUUGUGAAUUCCGAACUUCUUGGUGCUUGCCACGGUACACUUUUCGCUGCUUUGCUGCUUGUGUGGCACAUCUGCCUAUGUAAGGAGGUACUAGGCAAUUUGUGUUGUAGAAAGCAUGAAUUCUCAUUCUACGCAUCCACAUGCGGCUGUUCACUGCAUAUAUGCAUUUCAGCUUUCGCCUCAGCGUGUCAUUAUCGCAAGCAAAUGCACAUGUAAGGCUGGCCUGGGCAAAUGCAAGCAUGCUGCUGCUGUGGUGCUCUGGGUGAAUGAGUUCCAGCCGGCAUCAUGUACAGAGGUUCCACAAACCUGGGGACGCCCUUCACAAAAGCCGAAUAUAGAUGCCAGAGAAUCUAUCGAAGAGCUCUUCGGUCGUCCGAAGAAGAUAUUCAUCGGAGGCACAUGUCCCGACCAGGUUCCCCCGUCAUACGCUCAUGAGCAUUUUUCUGAAAUAGCCUGUCCUCACAAUGAUAUUCAGAAAUUAGCUUCAAUGAGUGCCUCACAAAAAGAUGAAAUCAGGCGGCUUUCAUUCUGUGAAGAAACAGUUUUGCAAAAUUCGCACUUGUCACGUCUACGAGAAAUGAUAACACGGGAGGCAGACAUGCCUGUGUACAGUGUAAUGACAGCUACCUCUCAGACACCUACAGUGCUGACCAUCUCACGAUGCAACCUGACCACGCAAAUGACCACAAAAGAAAGCAAGUUUUUCUUUUCUAAAGUGCUGUGCUCACGGGAGGAUGCGGAGGAGAUUGCUGUAGGUACAGUCCUGCAGGCUGGCUGCAAAAGGUGGCACAAUGAACGCGCAAUCCGGCUGUCAAGUUCAAUCGCCCAUGCAGUUGUCGCCAGAAAGCUACCAUUGGACUCUCUUGGCGAACGGAUUAAACACAGGAAGCCCUUCUUUGGGAAGGCCGUUAUGCACGGGCGAAAGACGGAAGCUGUAGCCAGGGAACAGUUUGAGCAGAAAAUAGGAGGGCCUGUCUUGCAGGUAUGUGGUGAGCAGCAUGAAGGUCUGUAAUGCUGGAAAAAUUGGCAUGGAAGUUGCAAUGACCUCCGCAGAUUUUCAGUUGGGUACAUAUGUGAGUCUUUUUUUAGGCGGUACAUAUUUAUGCUGCAACAGUGAGAAGUGCUACAUCAGAAAGAAGCUUUUCUUCUGCUUGAAAGUCGGCAACUGCAUGAAAGCUAAACUCAUGAUUCUAAAGGGUGUUCAAAAUUAAGCUUUACGGAAUUUUUAAAAAUCGCUUGUGGCAGGUAGCAUAAUUCUCAUAGUUGAGCUGGGUUAUUCGAAGAGGUGGACAUUAGCACGAGAAAUCGAAACACAUAUUGAAAUAAUUAACGAAAAUUGACUAAUGAACUUUUUAAUUACUUUACGAAACACAUAUUGCUAUUUACGAAUUGUAGCCGGUGAGUUUCCAAGACGCAUCCCCUUGAAAUGAAUCUCCAGGAUGACACCAGUUUCGAGAUAUUAUUUCCUAACGUGUGGGACUAAAUACAUGGGUGUUCCAGUUACUUUUGUGCUUCAAUGUAUGAAACAGCAUUUUGGUAAAAAAAGUAAGUGCACUUUUGCGACAAGUUUGAUGCUGCAUAUCUCCAAACUGGUGUCAUUGUGGAAAUUCAUUCCAAGUGGAUACGCCUGACAAACUCACCGGCUACAAUUCGUAGAUUACAAUAUGUGUCAUAAUGUAAUUAACUAAGAAGUUAAUUAGUUGAAUAGGUGUUUCGAUUUCUCGUGCUACUAAUGCCCGCCUCAUUGAAUAACCUAGCUCAAUUAUAAGAAUUAUGCUACCUGCCACAGGCGAUUUCUAAAAAUUACGUAAUGCUUAAUUUUGAACACCCUGUACAGCAGCAAGAAAGUAAUCAAAUAAAAGAUGCUAACAUUUAAAGCAAGUAACCACUGCCAAACUAAUGUGCCUGCUACCAUCAUAUCUGGCAAUAAACUUAAUUAUAUGUUGCCUGUAUAGCACUUACACUGUAAAAGAUGAGUAGUGGGUCACUUUUUUGCAGAACUACCAAAUGCAGUGAUGCUACAUAUCUAUAUAGUGUGAAAAGUAGGACUGCAAUCUGAAGUCGGAAGGUUUUAUGACCUUUCUUCAUUUAGAGAUGAAACAACAUAAUGCCCUUGCUCAACGUAUAAUAAAUUGUCAACAUUUUGUAAGGGAAGUGCAGACUGAAACCCCUUCAUAUCAGUCAUAUAUUAACGACUUGGAAUGUGGCCUAAUCUGCGCAACUGCACUCUCAACCAAUAUGACUGCAGGUCGGUCUCAUUGUGCACUUGAAGCAACCAUGGCUGUGUGCCAGCCCUGACGGACUUUUCAAGUAUGGAGACGAGACAACUCUGCUGGAAAUUAAGUGCCCGUA